AUGUUAGGAGAAAUUCUUUUAAGUUGUUUUAAUAAAAAUGGCUUUAUUAAUAGAAGAAAAGUUGAAAAUGAAUUUGCAUUAAAUAAUUAUUCAAUUCAAUUUAGAAAAAGUUAUAAUAUUGAUAGAAUAACAAAUUGUAAACAGACUAGAAAAUUUGAAGAAGAUGACAGAAAUGAUGUUAUAUCUAUGUUACCAGACUUGAAAAAUAAAAAAAUUCUUGAUAUUGGUUUUAAUGUUGGACGUUUUACUGUUGAAUUAGCUAGAAGAGGAAAAUAUAUCAAUGUUACAGACUUUAAACUUAGUUCUUAUGAUAAAUUAAAAAUAUUAAAAAAAUUGGCCAAUAAAUCAAAUAAGUUAAUUAGCGUUAGAAUAUCUGAUUUAACUUCAAUUAACUAUAAAUCACAGAAGUUUCAUCUUAUUUUUACCAAUUGGUUGUUUAUGUACUUAAAUGAUGAAGAAUGUUAUAGAUUUCUUAAUAAAUCACUUAAAUGGCUUGAAAAAGGUGGGUACUUAAAAUUUCGUGAAUCAUGUGGUGAAUCAGUAACAAAACUUUAUGACUAUACAUUUGAUUCAUCUGUUGAUUCUCUUGACAAACAAAAUAUACCUAUUUAUAGAUAUAUUUCUGUAUAUCUUAAAUUAAUUGAAGAAAUAAGAAUAAAAGAUAAAAAUGGAUUAAAAUGGAAGUAUGAAAUAACAAUUUGUUGUGUAAUACCUACUUGUAUUGAAAAAGCAUAUAAAUGGAAUGAAAUUCAAUUAAUGGCUAAAAAAGUUAAUGCUUUAGAUGGUGAUAUGAUACCUGAUAAACAAGAAUUAUUAAAUAAUAUUGCUGACAAUUGGAUUAUUUCACAAGAAGCUACUGAUAUUUAUGUUGAUACAAUUGAAAGAUUUUUUGCUGAUAAAAUAUUUUUAUCAGAAAUAAAAAAAUGUCCAAUGGGUUGUGUUGAUGAUCCAAGUAUUAUGACUGCAACAAUAAUAUAUCAAUCUUCUGUUAAUCCAUAUUAUAUGAGAAUAUGCCCUUUUAAUAUGCCAACAUCAGAUAAAUCUUUUAUUUGGACAAAUGAUGAAGAUCGUUCAUUUUUUAAAUCAUCUUUAUCCAUUGCUGAAAAAAAGAAAAAUUCUUCAAUGUUUUUUAGUUAUUCAAAAAAGAAAAUACAUUCAAUUUUUGAAUAUGCCACCAAAUUAAAUAUACGUUUAAAUGGCUUUUUAGCAGUAAAUUUUUUAUCUGAUAAUAAUUUAGAUUUUAUUGAUGAAUUUAUUAAAAAUGCAAAUGAGGGAGCAAAAAUUAUUUUCCUUGAAUCAUAUAUUAAUAAUUUUGAUAAGAAAAUUAAACUACAAAAAAUUAAAUGUCCAUUUGUUGCUGUGUGUAGAACUCGAAAAAUUCACAAAAUUGUCGUGAAGGAUAAAUAUCCCGAAGGUGUUAUGAAAUAUGUAACAUCAAGAAAAUGGAUGUUGAUAAGAAUUUCAAUUAAUGAAAUAAAAAACAAAUAUAUAUAA